AUGGCAGAAGUUGGCACUCGAGACAAAAACGUGGACUGGUACCAAGCCGAGCUAGAGGAUGUGAACCCUCAGGCUCGGUCAGUCCUUGAAACAUACUGCAAGAUACCCUCGGAUGAGGUCGUGCCGCAUGUCUUGAGAAUCCGCGAGAAAGCAUGGGAAGUCUUUCCAUAUCCGUGCAUCGGCGGAUUUCGCUUUCUGGACAUGCCCUUGGCUGGCUUCGAUACAUACCCUGAAAUCGUUAGCAGACUCAAAUCUGGCAACGACAAAUACCUCGAUCUGGGCUGCUGCUUCGGACAAGAUAUCCGCAGAUUGGUUGCUGAUGAAGUUUCUGACGAAGCCUUGAUCGGCAGUGACCUUCAUCAAGGAUUCUUGGAUCUCGGCUAUGAUCUGUUCAAGGACAAGGACAGGCUGCGAGCCAAGUUUAUCGCUGCAGAUGUCUUCGAGGCUCAAUCAGAGCUUACACCUCUGGAAGGAAACAUUGACAUUAUUCACGCAUCGUCUUUCUUCCAUCUGUUUGGGUGGGAAGGACAGAAACAGAUUGCAAGACGCGUUGUCCAGCUUCUCAAGCCAAAGAAAGACUCGCUCCUGGUUGGACGUCAGGUGGGUAACAUCAGGGCUCACGAAGAAGAAUCAUCUGCCAGCGGAAGCGGCAACAUGUUUUUGCAAAACAUCGAAUCGUGGAAGCAAAUGUGGAAGGAGAUUGGUGAGGAAACAGGCACGCAAUGGAAGGUCGAGGCUACCUUGGAAGAGUGGCCUUUGGCGCACAAUAUAAAAUCAUGGCACAGGGAGGGAACCAAGAGAAUAUUCUUUUCGGUCAGAAGACUUUAG